UUUAUUUUGAAAAACCGGCACCGGACGCUCGUUCGUUUUGGUAAACUUGACGCGGGUCUGUCUGGAGCAUCACAACAUUGUGCUGCCGCUUUGUUCGAGGCUCUGUUAUCGCUGCGUUUAUCUUCGAUGAAGUGUGUGUGAAACCUGGCAAUGUCCACCAUGGUGUAUCCACGUGAAGAAGCCCUGGAGCGACUGAGCCAGGAUGAGAUCGUCCUUAACACUAAGGCCGUCAUGCAGGGUCUGGAGACGCUGCGCGGCGAGCACGCACAGCUCCUAAACUCUCUGCUGGACUGCACCCAGCCACCUGUUGCACAAGAGAAGUCGGGGCUGCUGCGCAAGAGUCUGGAAGCCAUUGAGCUGGGUCUGGGAGAGGCACAGGUGAUCAUCGCCCUGUCCAGCCACCUGAGCGCCGUGGAGUCGGAGAAGCAGAAGCUGCGCGCUCAGGUGCGCCGCCUCUGCCAGGAGAACCAGUGGCUGCGGGACGAGUUGGCGGGAACGCAGCACAAGCUGCAGCGAAGCGAGCAGAGCGUCGCCCAGCUGGAGGAGGAGAAGAAGCACCUGGAGUUCAUGAACCAGAUCAAGAAGUUCGACGAUGACGUGUCGCCCUCUGAGGAGAAGAACCAGAGCUCCGGCGGCAGCACAGGCGGAGGCGGAGACGCUUCAAAGGAUAACCUGGAUGACUUAUUCCCUAAUGAUGAUGACCAGGGACCAGCCCAGCCCAGUGGAGAGGUGGCAGCCCAGCAGGGAGGCUACGAGAUCCCGGCGCGCCUCAGGACGCUGCACAACCUGGUGAUCCAGUACGCCUCUCAGGGGAGGUACGAGGUGGCUGUGCCGCUGUGCAAGCAAGCCCUGGAGGACCUGGAGAAGACGUCUGGGCAUGACCAUCCGGACGUCGCCACUAUGCUCAACAUCCUGGCUCUGGUGUACAGGGACCAGAACAAAUACAAAGAAGCUGCUCAUCUUCUGAAUGACGCUUUAGCCAUCAGGGAGAAGACACUUGGGAAGGACCACCCAGCUGUGGCUGCAACCCUCAACAAUCUAGCUGUGUUAUACGGCAAGAGGGGCAAAUACAAGGAGGCUGAACCUCUCUGCAAGAGAGCACUGGAGAUCAGAGAGAAGGUGCUGGGGAAGUAUCAUCCAGACGUGGCUAAGCAGCUGAACAACCUGGCCCUGCUGUGUCAGAACCAGGGCAAGUACGACGAGGUGGAGUACUACUACGGACGAGCCCUGGAAAUCUACGAAUCCAAGCUGGGAGCUGAUGACCCCAAUGUGGCCAAAACCAAAAAUAACCUGGCUACAUGCUACCUGAAGCAGGGGAAAUUUGCAGACGCUGAAGCUCUGUACAAAGAGAUUUUGACCAGGGCGCACGAGAAGGAGUUUGGCUCUGUCAACAAUGACAAUAAACCAAUCUGGAUGCACGCUGAGGAAAGAGAAGAGAGCAAGGGCAAACGCAAGGACUCAGGCCCGUAUGUAGAGUAUGGGAGCUGGUACAAGGCCUGCAAGGUGGACAGCCCAACAGUGAACACAACCCUCAAAAGCUUGGGAGCUUUGUACCGUCGCCAGGGCAAACUGGAGGCCGCAGAAACACUGGAGGAGUGCGCCAGCAAGUCACGCAAACAGGGUAUUGAUGCCAUUAACCAGAGUAAGGUGGUGGAGCUGCUGAAGGACGGAGGCUCUGGGAGCGACAGACGACACAGCAGGGAGGGAAUGAACGGACCCGGUGGACAGAGAGGGGAGAACGAGGGUGACGACUCGGCUGAGUGGAACGGGGAUGGUAACGGGUCUCUGCGUCGCAGCGGCUCCUUCGGUAAGAUUCGUGAUGCUCUGAGAAGGAGCAGCGAAAUGCUGGUGAAGAAGCUGCAGGGCAGCGGACCUCAAGAACCCCGCAACCCAGGAAUGAAGAGAGCCAGCUCCCUUAACUUCCUGAAUAAGAGCACUGAGGAAACCACACAGGAUGCCAACUCUGGACUCUCAGACAGCAGGGGGCUAAGCGCCAGCAACGUGGACCUAUCAAGACGCAGCUCCCUGCUCGGCUAAACCGGAGACAGGAGGCGGAAUCCAGGAGGCAGAAAGCGGCCCGAGGAGGAGAGGCUGUUUGCAGCUCGGUUUGGUCCAACUACACACUUAAAGCUCAACGCCAGAUCAAACACUUUGCACCUGCAGCAUAUUUUUUUAAGAACACUGGGGAGGAGGGAAAGCAUUAGCUCCACACUCGAGGUCGUCCUCUGAGACGCUGCUGCUUCACUGUACAAAACGCUGCCAUCGAUCAGAAAAGAGAAUAUUUAGAUACACAUUUACGAGCAUGCUGCUUACUAGAUCGUGGACCGUCUGCACCUGAAUGCCUCGUGUUUUUUGUUUUGUUUUGGUGUUUUUUUCCACUCACAGCACCGUAGCAGAGCAUCGUGUGUUAUGACGAGUCGGUUCCUUCAGUCUACUUCUCUCAUGUGCAGACACUCAACCUUAGGUAGGCUAAAUAUAAUCCAGGUCCAGUCCAGUUUCACCAGUAGCAUGAAGUAGACACAGACGCUAACCAUCCACCUGAAGCAUAUCGCAGAUGGUAAAAACGGUACUACCUGAAAGAUAGAGCAGAGGUGUAACAAGCAUCAUUAGCACUAACCAUUUCAACCUCACUUUAUGCCUUUUUGUUUUUUUCAUGUAAAUACAGAUUUAAAUUAUUUGGUAUUUGAUCCUCUGUGUAUAGUGCACUGAUUUGUUUGUUUGUUUACACUUUAUUUCUGGUAAAGAGGGUCUCAUUUAGAAGUAAAACACUACCUGUAUGAAGGGCGGAGACUGGAGAUGAAGGAAAAGAAUGGAGUGAUGUGAAAGUUAAUGGGCAUUGGUUGAUUGUAUCCGUGACACUAAAUGCUGAUAAAUGUAUUACCUCAACCGUUCAUAUCCAAUACCAAGUCGUCAUAGUUUCACUCUGAGCUAUAAUCAUGUGCUUUAAAUGUGACAGUACUGUAUUUCCAGCAACAAUCUUGCUGUCUACUGAGCAUACUUUGAUUGGAAGGGUCAUUAAUUUCCACUGGAUUGUGUUGUGACAGCGUUUGGGGGAAGAAACUGCACUUUUUCAUGAGUCAGAAGACAGAAAACAGGCCAGAAAAUUCAUUUGAGGAAAGAUUUAGAAAUGACUCUUUUUUUUUUUGUUUGUUUGUUUUGUUUUUUGGGGGUUCACAUCCUCUCAAAUGCUGCCGUUGUGUUCCUAGUGACUUAAUUUAAAGUCACGUUAAAAGAGCUUUUAGGGGUCAUGCAUAAUCCAGGACAUAAUGUUUCAUGUCACGUUUGCGAUCCUCCUAUUUUGCACUGCAGGUUUGGGAAAAGAUCAUGUUUUAUGUUAAAAUUCUGCCUUUCAUAGCAUUCCUGUUGAAAAAACCUCCUUUACAGGAGUCCAUGUGCGAUGAGUUGACUCUAAAACGGCAGUAUUCGACACCUCGA